UGACCGAAGGUUGCAACACGUGCUGUCUCUUUCUGGUGCAGAGCUAGUUCACUUCUUUAUUUCAAAUUCACUUUGAAUUUCUUCAUAUUCAGAAUGUAUCGCCUUCCCAGUCUUUUACGUUCAGUCCACGUUACAAAACGAGUGUUAUCCCCACAAUUUGCUGCUUGCCUAAAUACUUCAAGUACAUGCAAUGCUAAGGAGUUGAAAAUUGGACGUGAUGGAAGAUCAGCAAUGCUGAAAGGUGUUGAUAUUUUAGCAGAAGCGGUUGCUGCUACACUUGGCCCAAAGGGACGAAAUGUCAUUAUCGAACAGUCUUUUGGUGGGCCUAAGAUUACAAAAGAUGGUGUAACUGUUGCAAAAGCAGUUGAUUUAGCAGACAAAUUUCAAAAUCUUGGGGCUCGCUUAGUUCAAGACGUUGCAAAUAAUACAAAUGAAGAAGCUGGUGAUGGCACAACGACAGCUACUAUCCUGGCUAGACAUAUUGCAAAAGAAGGUUUUGAGAAAGUUUCCAGAGGGGCAAAUCCGCAAGAAGUUCGACGAGGUGUACUUACAGCAAAUGAACAUGUUGUAAAUCAUUUAAAAGAAAUGUCAAAGCAAGUAACCACACCAGAAGAGAUAGCUCAGGUUGCUACCAUAUCAGCUAAUGGUGAUAGAAGUGUUGGAGAUCUUAUUUCAUCUGCAAUGAAGAAAGUUGGUAAAAAUGGAGUAAUCACAGUCAAGGAUGGUAAAACUCUUCAAGAUGAAUUAGAACUGAUUGAAGGUUUAAAGUUUGACCGUGGUUACAUAUCACCAUACUUUAUCAACACUGCAAAAGGACAAAAAGUAGAAUAUCAAGAUGCUUUGUUACUUUUGUGUCAAAAAAAGAUUUCAACUAUCCAACAAAUCGUCCCUGCUUUGGAGUUAGCGAACACUUCACGAAAACCUCUUAUUAUAAUUGCUGAAGAUAUCGAAGGAGAAGCGUUAAGUACUCUGGUCAUAAAUAGGUUAAAAAUUGGAUUACAAAUUGCUGCUGUAAAAGCUCCAGGAUUUGGUGAUAACAGAAAGAACAUGCUUCAAGAUAUGGCAAUCUCUACGGGGGGAAUGGUGUUUGGCGACGACGCCUUAGAUACGAAAAUUGAAGACAUUAAACUUCAAGAUUUUGGUGAGGUUGGUGAAAUUUCAAUAACGAAGGACGAUUGCCUUUUACUAAAAGGGAAAGGUCAUCAAGAUGAUAUUGAGGCAAGAUGCCAGCAGAUCAGAGAUGAAAUUGAAGACACAACUUCGGAAUAUGAAAAAGAAAAGUUGAAUGAACGAUUGGCGAAACUGUCGGAUGGUGUUGCUAUAUUAAAAGUUGGAGGCUCCAGUGAGGUGGAAGUAAAUGAAAAAAAGGAUAGAGUUACUGAUGCUUUGAACGCAACUCGAGCAGCAGUGGAAGAAGGAAUUGUUCCUGGUGGUGGAGUGGCUCUUUUGAGAAGUAUCAAACAGUUAGAUAAUGUUGAAGCGAAGAAUGAAGAUCAAAAAAUUGGAGUCGAAAUUGUGAGGCGAGCGUUGCGUGUGCCAUGUCAAACUAUUGCUGAAAAUGCUGGAGUUGAGGCCACGUUAGUUGUUGAAAAGGUAUUAUCUCUGGAUCAUAACAUGGGUUAUGAUGCUGCGAACGAUGAGUAUGUGGAUAUGAUGCAGACUGGUAUUAUUGAUCCAACCAAAGUAGUCCGUACUGCCAUUACUGAUGCUUCUGGUGUUGCAUCAUUAUUAACGACCGCUGAAGUCACGAUCGUUGAAGCUCCAAAAGAGGAGAAGGAUAUGCCAAUGCCUGGUGGCAUGGGGGGAAUGGGUGGCAUGGGGGGAAUGGGAGGGAUGAUGUAGCUGGUUUGUUUAUUCGAUGAAUUCAGUAAAAGUAACGCGUUUCAUAUGCGUAAGUACAUUCCUGACCGCAACGAACUGCAAUAAUACUAAAAUGAAUUUUCUAGCUUUUUAUGGACCUCCUGCAAAAAUAUCCUAUCGAAAUCAAUUAGUUUGCUAGGUUAUACAGGGUGUAUAAAAAGUAGCCCCUGUUACAAUCAAGCUUUAAUUUGGAUGCCUUAUUAUUAUGCUAACUAAACUCACGGAUGCUAAAACGAGACCCUCGAUUUGAAUGCUUCAACCUUAACUAAUCUGCUUUUUACACACCGGUGCAUUAAAAGUGCAUUGAAAUUCGAACAGAAGCUUCAUUUCAAUAAGGCGUACUUUUUAUACACCCUGUAUAGAGUAGUGUUACGAAACUGUUGUUAGAGGGUUACAGUCUUGAGGGGAUACUCUUGACUAUGUGACGGUGACGAUUUCGAGUGUUUUCAUUUUCGUUUUCAUACCAAAACGGUUUCAAACACCGUCAAUUUACAAUAGAAGUUAAAGCUAUUUUUCUUGGAUCGUGUGGACAGGACGUCAAAACGAUACACUAGGCAAAAACGAUUUUGAAGACGCUCGAAAACGAUGCUCGUGUGCACAUAGCCUCAAAACAGACAUAAUACAUAGUACGAGCUUUCCCUUAAAAAUAGAUUAAUAUCUCUGCUCACAUGCUUGCUGUUUCAAAUUGCUGAUUGCCUAGGCAGUAAAAUAAAAUAAAACCUUCUGUUUUGUUGAA